CAAGCACCGAUGGAGAAUUUGAUAUCAUUGGUAAACAAGAUACAGAGGGCGUGUACUGCCCUUGGAGAUCACGGCGAAGAAAGCGCCUUGCCUACUCUCUGGGACUCUUUACCCGCCAUUGCCGUCGUCGGUGGCCAGUUUAUGGUUUGACGAUAUUUGCCAAAAGAGGUAUGAAGUGAGAGAGAAGAAGCCCAUGGGAAUAAUGUUUUCCUUUUUUAUUUUCCUUUUUUUAUGCCAUAUUUUGGUAUUUCAUACGAGACCAACAGAAUUGAAGGCCAUGGGAAGUAUGGAAGGUGAUUCAAAAUUAGAAAUUGUCACAUUGAAGGAGCAAAGACUUUUUUUCUAUUUUUUUUAAGAAAUUUUUGGAAUUUUUGUUUAUAGAUCUUGAGAGCAUUUUUGUUUGCAAUUUUUCUAUUCUACUUCUUUUAUUUUUUUUUUCUCAUUUCCAUAAAUCAUGUCUUAUUUUAUUGUCAAUUUUUUUUCUCUUUGGGUGAAUGGCAAAUGCAAUACAUACUGCUCCUUUACCAAACCAUAAUUCUGAUAUGGUAUACUUUGCAGCUUGAAGCAUUUCUAUACACUAGAGUCUUCACAUCCCGAAGAAGUAAAAGAAAUUGUUAAAUAAAUAAUGGAUGAAGUUCUCUUCAAAGUCGUGAGAGAAGAUGAAGAAGGAGCCGAGAGGAUAAAGAAGGUAUUGAAUGCAAGAGAGAAAAACAAAAUAAAGUUGAGAGAGAGUGUGAGGGAAUACACAGUAGAGUAGAAAGAAAAAAUAUAUUAUGUCACCAUUUUACCUUUAAACCAGCUAUUGCAGGUUACAUGGAGUUUAAAGUUACUUUUAUUAUAAUUUGGGAGGUUUUAAGUGAAAAUUUAAAGUUUAUGUAUCAUGCUGUUGCCAAUCCUAAAAUUCAUGUACCAUGAGUGAAAUUUACCCAUUAAAUUUUCAAUGCGCACAAUUCACUUUACUUUUUUUUUUUCAAUUGAAGUAGCAAUGCCACAUGUGAAUAGAAUCAUAGUUUGAGUUGCAUGGCAGUAGAAAUUUGGGAAUGCUUUGCUGUGAGGUUUAAAAUUUUAUUAGCCGUUUUUGCCUCAUUUAUUGUCUCUGUCCUUGUUUGUAUCCCACAAUUUUCCCUUUUGUACUCUUUGCAUGCAUGAGAGUGCAUAUACCUGGAGUUCCUUGAUGGCUUAAAUCUUAAAAGUUGAUUGAUCCUCUUCUCAUGCAAUCACAUAUUGGUAAGCUUGUGCUUCUUCUCUUGUGUGUUUUAUGGUAAAAUUUAACUUUUAAAUAGGAUUUUAGAAAGAAAUUGAAUUAAUAGCCUCAUGCCCCUUUGAUACUUUUGGUAGUUUUUGGUGAAGUUGACCUUGUAAACAGGAAUAGUGAGUACUGAUACAUAAAUUGUUGUUCUUUUUGGUUAAGUCCUUUUGAGGAAGUGUUCUAUUUAAUUAUGUACAGCUGUCAUUGUUUGCAGAGUUCUGGGAAGUCUUCAGUCUUGGAGAGCAUUGUUGGCAAGGACUUUCUACCUCGCGGGGCAGGGAUUGUUACACGACGUCCACUUGUCCUGCAGCUUCAUAGGAUUGAUGAAGGAAGAGAAUAUGCUGAGUUUAUGCAUCUCCCAAGAAAGAAAUUCACUGAUUUUGCUGCUGUGAGGCAGGAGAUCUCUGAUGAGACCGAUCGGGAGACUGGCCGCACCAAACAAAUCUCUACUGUUCCAAUCCAUCUUAGCAUUUAUUCCCCCAAUGUUGUGAAUUUGACAUUGAUUGAUCUUCCUGGUCUUACCAAAGUAGCUGUUGAGGGUCAACCAGAAAGUAUUGUGAUGGACAUUGAGAACAUGAUCCGGUCAUAUAUUGAGAAGCCCAACUGUAUUAUUCUGGCAAUUUCUCCUGCCAAUCAGGAUCUUGCUACGUCAGAUGCGAUUAAGAUAUCUCGUGAAGUUGACCCCAAAGGGGAGCGAACCUUUGGAGUUUUGACGAAGAUUGAUCUCAUGGACAAGGGUACUGAUGCAGUUGAUAUCUUGGAAGGAAGAUCAUAUAAGCUACAGUUCCCUUGGAUUGGUGUUGUUAACCGCUCUCAGGCUGAUAUCAACAAAAGUGUGGACAUGAUUGCUGCUCGUCGUAGAGAGAGGGAAUAUUUUCAAAGUAGCCCUGAGUACCGGCAUCUUGCUCAAAGGAUGGGCUCUGAGCAUUUAGGAAAGAUGCUUUCUAAGCAUUUGGAACAAGUCAUCAAGUCUCGAAUUCCUGGCCUUCAGUCUCUUAUCAACAAAACUAUUGCUGAACUAGAAUCAGAAUUGAGUCGUCUUGGGAAGCCCGUUGCUACUGAUGCUGGGGGAAAAUUAUACAUGAUAAUGGAAAUUUGCCGUUCUUUUGAUCAAAUAUUUAAAGAACGUCUUGAUGGAAUACGUUCUGGUGGUGAGAAAAUCUAUCUUGUGUUCGAUAAUCAGUUACCUGCUGCUCUCAAGAGGUUGCAAUUUGAUAAACACCUUUCAAUGGACAAUGUAAGAAAGCUAAUAUGUGAAGCUGAUGGAUAUCAGCCACAUCUAAUAGCUCCUGAGCAAGGUUAUCGCCGUCUUAUUGAAUCUACUCUGGUAACUAUCAGAGCUCCUGCUGAGGCAGCUGUAGAUGCGGUCCAUGCUAUACUGAAGGAGCUGGUUCAAAAGUCUAUCAGUGAGACCUUGGAACUAAAGCAGUAUCCUACUCUGAGAGUGGAAGUCAGCAAUGCAGCUAUUGAAUCAUUGGAGCGGAUGAGGGAAGAAAGCAAGAAAGCAACUUUACAGCUAGUCGAUAUGGAGUGUUGUUACUUGACUGUGGAAUUUUUCCGGAAACUUCCUCAAGAUGUUGAGAAGGGUGGAAAUCCUGCACAUUCAAUUUUUGACCGAUAUAAUGAUUCUUAUCUUAGGCGAGUUGGAAGCAAUGUACUGUCGUACGUGAACAUGGUUUGUGCAAGUUUGAGAAAUUCUAUUCCCAAGUCUGUUGUCUAUAGUCAAGUGAGGGAAGCAAAACGCAGUUUACUUGAUUAUUUCUUUGCAGAGUUGGGUAAGAAAGAGACAAAACAGUUGUCUUCUUUGUUGGACGAGGAUCCAGCAGUGAUGCAGCGACGUACCUCCCUUGCGAAGAGACUGGAAUUGUACAGAAGUGCCCAAGCAGAGAUAGAUGCAGUUGCAUGGGCAGCCAAGUAGAGAAGAGAGAUUCUUUCUUAGACCUUUUGGAUUCAGCAGGUGGAUCAAAUCAAUUCUUUGAAAUUCAUUCUUUAUACCUUA